AUGGUGAAAAUCAAAGUUAGAAGUGAGAAACGCAACAGUUUGGAUGAGACAGUCAAUGCAGACUUAAUCUUCAGGAAAUUUCCCAAAACAGAACGAGAACUAGGGACAGGACACUUCUGCAGCCUUUGGAAUCCUGAUCUUCCGGAAAGUCAGCAGUGGACUUUGAGUUCAAUGGUUUCCGGAAGUGGCUGUUAUCAACGCCCGAUCGGUCAGGAUGUUGCAGUAUGUCUUUCACAGACAUCUGUGUCUCGUUGCGUAAAAGAAGUGGGUGAAGCUAUAUGCAAUCACUUGUCUCAUCGUUUUAUUCGUUUUCCUACUACUAGAGAAGAUAUAAACUUUACCAAGAGAAUUUUUUACGAGAAAUAUUCUUUUCCGGGAGUCCUUGGUUGCAUAGAUUGCACUCACGUGUCGAGUCACACGAAAAAUGUGCAAAUAAUUUGCAAUGCGGACCUCCUGAUUUUUGGUGUAAACGCGCGAUACGGAGGAUCUACGCAUGAUAGUUUUAUUUACAACAAUUCUGCUAUAAGCUCUCAUCUUAAAAGACAAUUUUUGAGUGGUGAUAGAUCGAGCUGGCUUUUGGCAGACAGCGGCUAUGGACAGCAACCAUGGAUAAUGACUCCUGUGUCAACUCCAAGCAAUCCACAGGAAGAGAGAUAUAAUGUUGUCCAUAAAAGAGCCCGUGCAACUGUCGAAAGGUGUAUUGGAGUCCUUAAAAGCCGAUUUAGGUGCUUGUCUAAGCAAAGGGUAUUGCUUUAUUCUCCUCAAAAGGCGGGUAUGAUCAUCACAGCAUGUUGCACCUUACAUAACAUAAUGACAAGAGAAAACUAUCCCUUGCCCGAGGAAUCAGAAAUAUUGGAUGAAGUUUCCAAUGAACGUGACGAUGCAGAACAUGCUCUUCUUCAAGACGAAGAAAUUGAUGCCACAGGAAGUUUUCUCCAACAAGGAAGAUAUAUAAGACAGCAACUUAUCCGGAACAAUUUUUGAAAGAAUGUAGUUUGUUUUAUAACGAUUUAAUCAAAUAAAUUCAUCUAUUUCUUCAAAAAUGAAAUUCACAUUGUUAGUUUUGUACUUCAGUAAGUCUUUGUGUUUUCCAUUAGUAAAUUAUAACUCCAAUUAUCAUUAGUUUAAAUCUAAUUACGUAACAUUUUAAUGCUUUUACUUCAAACUAUACGAUAUCACAAAAGAGUGAAGUUAUGACUUCUUAAUCCCUUCAAUUCUACUUCCUUCAAUUCAAUUUCUUACUUCCUUAGCAUCAUAGUCUUAAUAUCCUUUUAGGCAGAGAUUAUUCGAGAUUUACAUCACAUUCGAAAUCAGAAUCAGGAGUUCUAUAGUACUGCAUUUCUAGCUUCUUCUUCAAUAUCUUCAUUUCAAUUUCGUGCUUUUCAAUUUGACGUUGUUCCUUUUUCUUCUUCCUCUCAUUGUCUUCUUUUAUUAUAUUAAGCUUUUCCUCCUUAAGCUUCAACAACUUCUUGAAUGAUUCUGUAUCAUCGUAGACCUCAUUUUUACGUUUACGAUCUUUCUGCGUGUGUUGAGUUGCUGGUACAAUUACCUCAUUGGAAGUGUCAGCAAUAAUACCUUCUUCACAAGGAACCGGAAGUGGAUUCUCAUGAUCUUUAUUGACUCCUUGACGGGGGAUUAUCAGUGCUGAAUCUGCGUUAGAUCCUGAGGCUAAACCAAUAUCCUCACUGACUCCAUCACCAUUCACAGCAUCAAUGGUUAUAAUAGUCAAAAUUUUUUGGUCGAUAUCAUCAAAUUCUAACAGAAUAUCUCCAUUUCUACCAGACUCAGCCAUUACGGCUUUUAAAGCAGUGUAUUUCUUCCUCACUCGCGUCCUCAAGUCAUCCCAGUACUUCUUCCAUCCGAAGCCGGUCUUGUUUGAGCCCCCAAGUGAAUUCAGUUUCAUUGCCAAGUUGCCCCACAUCUUUUUUAACUCAACCUUCCCAUCUUGUGUGCUGAAUUGAUUCUUGGCCAAAGCCAAAUCCUUCUCCAGAUGGAAAACAAGUUCCUUUUUUUGGUUGUCGCUUCCACGUGUUCCCAAAAUCCUUCUUUUAUCCUUCAAUUGGGCCAUUUUCCACGAAACUGUCUACAAGUCACUGAGCGAAUGAUGGAUGACAAGUCUCACGAAAAAAAAGUGACACUUGUCACAAAAUAAAGCGUAGGGAAUCACAAUAGUGAGAACUUUCGGCAUUUUGUCAUUUUUUAGUACUUCUCACUUUCUCACUAAGUUAGAGAAUUUACCCCCCCGGACAUCGGAUGACCACCAAAUUUUCAGCCGUUAUAGAUCUCGGUCCCAGGAACAACAUAUCUUUCGGAGUAAUAUAAAGCUAAGUCGACUUAGAAUAGUAUGGAAUGGAGCCGUCGAUAUAUCAAUAUUUGAGCUUUUAAAUCAUUUUACAAAGAUUCUCUCAAAUUAAUUUACAGGUUAUUAGUGGCACUUUUAUUAUUUUGACUCAAAAGUAUCGCAUUCGGGGCUCAUUUUUAAGAAAAAUAAUGCUGAAC